CCCAAAGCAACGCAGUUUCUAUAUCGGAAAUCAACCCCAACUUUCCAAGCCCUAACAAUUCAAAAUAAAGUCGAAGAACGAUCGAUUGGAUUCCCAAAUCCAAGUUCCCUCUCUCAAAACCCUUCUCUCUCUCUCUCUCUGCAAAGCGUUGAUCUAGAUCAGAGACAUGGGGAACACAGAGAAGAUGUUGAACCAGAUCAUGGAACUGAAAUUCACAGCCAAGAGCCUCCAACGCCAAGCCCGAAAGUGCGAGAAAGAAGAGAAAUCCGAGAAACUCAAGGUCAAGAAAGCCAUCGAGAAAGGCAAUAUGGACGGCGCCCGAAUCUACGCGGAGAACGCUAUCCGCAAACGUAGCGAGCAGAUGAACUAUCUCCGAUUGGCCUCUCGCCUCGACGCCGUGGUGGCGAGGCUCGAUACUCAGGCCAAGAUGACCACGAUCAGCAAGUCGAUGUCGUCGAUCGUGAAAUCGUUGGACUCUACGCUUGCCACUGGGAAUUUGCAGAAGAUGUCGGAGACGAUGGAUCAAUUUGAGAAGCAGUUUGUCAAUAUGGAGGUCCAGGCCGAGUUUAUGGAGAGUUCUAUGGCCGGAAGUACUUCGCUUUCCACUCCGGAGGGUGAUGUCAACAGUUUGAUGCAGCAAGUGGCGGAUGAUUAUGGAUUGGAGGUGUCGGUGGGACUUCCUCAGCCGGCGGCUCACGCGGUGCCUGUGAGGAUUACCGAGAAAGUGGAUGAGGAUGAUCUGUCGAGGCGACUUGCUGAGCUCAAGGCUCGUGGCUGACUUAAAUAUAGCUUAUGGAACCAUUGUAUGAUAUAUUAUUGCUUAAUUUGGACGAAUUUAAGAUACCUAAACUUGACUGAAUUGUGAUCUUUGUUUUUUAUUUUGUCGACAUUUUGGUUAUUUGGCUCCUAAUUUGAUCGAUUUAUGAUUUUCUUUGCGCAAAUCCUUUAGCUUUGAAUUGUGUGCUGGGGUGGUGUUUGUUUGGUAUUUGGUAGUCACAUAGAAUGGGCUUGGCUGGGUGUAUGAUUUAUACAAUUGGAUACUUUAUCUUAUGUUGCAAGGAGGUAUGUGAAUUUAUAAGAUGGGAUUAGAUUCUUAC